AUGAUUACCUUAUGUCUUCUUGGUAUCCCAAUUCGAGAAAGCAUCAGAAGAACGUUCACUGCACUGGUUCCAUCGGGUGCUUCCGUUGGAGACUAUGAAGCUCAUGAACUGCGAGACGAGGAUAAGCAACAAUAUGGAGGCAACAGUGUGCACAAAGCGGUAAAUAAUGUGGAGAAGGUCAUCGGACCGGCUUUGAUAAAGCAGCAGUUCAAUGUUGGAGAGGACCUAGAGAAAAUAGACGAUUUUAUGAUCGUGCUGGAUGGCACCAAGAGCAAGAGCAAGCUGGGAGCCAAUGCAAUCCUGGGGAAAAUUCCGUUAUAUGAAUUUCUCAGGAAUAGGGCAAAAACCGCCGGCCCGUACGUCCUGCCAACUCCCUUCUUCAACGUCCUUAAUGGUGGUAAACACUCUGGCAAUUCCAUGGCAUUCCAAGAGUUUAUGCUCGCCCCGGUCGGAGCCAACUCUAUAACCGAUGCAGUCCGAGUAGGCAGCGAGGUUUAUCAAGCUUUGAAAGACGUGAUCACAAAGAAGUUCGGAUCAUCCGCCGCAAGCGAAUUUUAUAAAUCCGGCAAAUAUGACUUGGGGUUCAAAACUGAGGAGCCUGAGCCACUAUCGUCUGAAAGUCUCCAGGAGUUGUAUCGUUCACUGUUAGACAAGUACCCCAUCAUUCUGCUCGAGGAUCCUUUUGCCGAAGAUGAUUGGGAAUCGUGGCGAUCCUUUAAUAGAGACUGCCCUGUCGAACUCGUUGGAGAUGACCUCCUAGCAACAAACGUCGAGCGUAUUGAGUUGGCCCGCGACCGAGAGGCGUGUAACUCGCUUCUGUUGAAAAUCAACCAAAUCGGCACGAUUACUGAGUCCAUCAUCGCAGCCCAAAAAGCAUAUAGCUAUGGCUGGCGUGUUUUCGUUUCACAUAGGUCAGGCGAGACAACAGACGAUUUCAUUGCCGACCUAGUGGUUGCUCUAUCAACCGGGCAUAUUAAAUCCGGAAGCCCUUGCAGGGGAGAGCGCGUUGCCAAAUACAACCGUCUCAUGGAUAUCGAGGAUGAAUUGGCUCGUUCUCAGCAGCAGCACACGUAUGCCGGGGCGGGACAAGGCUCAAUAUAG